GCCGCUCUUCUAUCGCGGGGUCGGGCAUCGUGAGGUCACUUCCUCGAGGAUCCAAGAUGGCGAACCGCGCGCUGCUGGUGGCCCGUGGAGGGCUGGGCAGCGUGAUUGGCUUGCAUGGUUGCCACUCCCGUCUCCUUCAAGGUGUUUUAACCAAGCUGUCUCUGCCUUGCACAGCCUUCUAUGGGCAAACUUUCCUCGUGCGAAGUUUUGCAGUCGAAGCAAAGAAAGUAUACGUACGGGACAAACCCCAUGUCAAUGUUGGGACCAUUGGGCACGUGGACCACGGCAAGACAACGUUAACAGCAGCUAUCACUAAAAUUCUGUCUGAGGCUGGAGCUGCUAAGUUUAAAAAAUACGAGGAAAUUGAUAAUGCACCAGAAGAGAAGAAUCGUGGCAUCACAAUCAAUGCCUCCCACGUGGAGUAUUCAACACCCAACCGCCAUUACGCCCAUACAGAUUGUCCAGGCCAUGCUGACUAUGUCAAGAACAUGAUCACAGGGACAGCACCACUGGAUGGCUGUAUUCUCGUGGUGGCAGCAACAGAUGGCCAGAUGCCACAGACGAGGGAGCACCUUCUGCUUGCUAAACAGAUAGGAGUGAAGUAUGUGGUGGUGUACAUCAACAAAGCUGAUGCAGUCGAUGAUUCAGAGAUGUUGGACUUGGUGGAGCUGGAGAUCCGUGAGCUGCUCACAGAAUUUGGCUAUGAUGGGGAGAAAACUCCUGUUAUUGUGGGCUCUGCUCUGUGUGCUUUGGAGCAACGGAAUCCUGAACUGGGCUUGAAUUCAAUCAUGAAGCUACUGGAUGCAGUAGAUACAUACAUCCCUCUGCCACAGCGUGAGCUUGACAAGCCUUUCCUGCUCCCCAUAGAGCAUGUUUACUCCAUACCAGGACGAGGCACUGUGGUGACAGGUACUCUUGAACGUGGCAUUGUCAAGAAAGGAGAUGAAUGUGAAUUUCUGGGCCACAGUCGGCAUGUACGUUCUGUGGUGACAGGUGUAGAGAUGUUCCACAAACAACUGGAGCGGGCAGAGGCUGGUGACAAUUUGGGUGCUUUGGUGCGAGGAUUGAAACGAGAGGAAAUACGGCGUGGGAUGGUUAUGUGCAAGCCAGGUUCCAUUCAGCCACACCAGAAAGUUGAGGCUCAGGUGUAUAUCUUGAGUAAAGACGAAGGUGGUCGUCAUAAGCCUUUUGUGUCUAACUUCACGCCUGUCAUGUUUUCUCUGACAUGGGAUAUGGCCUGCCGUAUAGAAUUGCCUGCAGGAAAGGAAAUGGUGAUGCCAGGUGAGGACACUUCCCUUUUGCUAAUACUGCGGCAGCCCAUGGUCUUGGAGGAGGGGCAGCGAUUCACACUGCGAGAUGGAAGUAAAACCAUUGGCACUGGCGUGGUCACAAAAACGCUUCCACUUGCUCCAGGCGAUGAAGAAAAGUGGGCUUCUUAAAGUGCUCUAUGUGGCGAUUUCCAUUGACGUGCCAGGUGGACUUUCAAAGCUGGGCUUGUAAAUUGUUGUGCAAAGGAUUGCAUCAAAAUGAGUUGAUGGCUGCUUCCUCAAGAACACGCUUGCCCUUCUGGUGAAAUGGUAUCUCUGCAAAUGGUUAGCCCUUCAGUCUUACCAGGAAGGAGAGAAGACACUGAAUUAAUGUGUUUCAUGCAAUAGUGGGUUGGAGAGGAGUUGGUUAAAUAAAAGACUACAAAGCUGA